ACGGCCGCGCUCGGCAUGGGGCUGCGGCUGCCGCUGCGCCGGAGCGCCAGCUUCACCCCCGAGCACCCUGCCCUCCUGGAGGGGCCCGGCCCCGCCGCCCUGAAGGUGGAAGCAAACGUCCUCGUUAUGGGAGCGGAAAACGUGGGGAAAUCGGCUCUGACUGUGCGUUUCCUCACCCGGCGCUUUAUCGGGGAGUACGGAGACAUGGAAUUCAUCUACAGCCACAACCUGACCGUGGAUGGCCGAGAGAUUCUCUUCCACAUCUGGGACGUCCCCAAUUCCCAGGAGCAGGCAGAGGAGGGCUCCUCGGAGGAGAAGCGAAUCCAGUGGGCAGACAGCUUUGUCCUGGUCUACAGCAUCUGUGACCGCGCCAGCUUCAAUAUCCUGCCCCUCAAAAUCCAGUUCAUUAAGGCGGCCAAGGAAGGGCAGAGCCAGGAGAAGGUGCCCAUCGUCAUUGUGGGCAACAAACGGGACUUGCACCACCAACGGGUGGUGUCCAGCGAGGAGGGUCGGCUCCUGGCCCUCUCUUUAGACUGUGGUUUCUAUGAGGUCUCUGCAGCCGAGGCUUAUCACGGGGCCCUCAUGGUCUUCCACGGACUGGCCGAACGCAUCCCUGAUACCAAACUGGCACUGAAAAAGGGUACGGGCAUCCGUGGCAUCGUCAAGACCAUGUCGGCUGUGUUUGCCCGUAAGCGAACGGACUCCCUCUGAGCUACGGCAUGGGUGUUGCUUGUCUCUGUGCUGCCUGGCUGGACCAAGCCUCUGCCUUGGGUGCCCGUGGAGAUGGUGUGUGUGUUUCCAUAAGUAUGAUGAGUUCCUUGCUGUCCUUCUAAUGUUGGGGUCUGGGUGUCCUGCCAUGCACAGCCAGUGCAGCUGAGGACUGUAGUGUCUUCCUCUCGGCUCCAUGAUGGGGCAGAGUCUCUACUCUUUGCCGUACCAGCUUUUUAGGUGCUUCCUGCUUUCUCCUUCCAUCCUCCAACACUGGAAACCACCAGGUGAUUUUGCCACAGCUCCAGGCAGCAUCAUCCCCAGCUCCUUCAGUGGGAGCUGCCCAGGCUGUUGGUGAGCAGGGAAGACACGCCGCUUCUGCACGGCUGCCCAGCUCCCUGUCCCCCCGCUCCUACCCUGGGAUCCUUAUUCCUGUUUAACGCUUAUCAGGGUCCUCUGCGGUAACCCUGGAGCACCCAUGAGCUGGCGAGGUGGGAGUUUCUCCGCUGGGGAGCCACUGGCAGUUCCCACGUGUGCAUCACCGUGUCAGAGUGUCCCAGAGUCGGCGGCACCAGCUGACCCUGGAGGACCUCGGUGAGGGCUGAUGCCUCCCAUCCCACCCGCCUUGCUUUUGAACCGUCCUGCUUAUGGUCCUCUCUCCCACAGCCUUUCAGCGGUCACAGCAGUUUCCUUUCUGCAAGCGCUGUACAGGCCCUGCCUGGGAAAAAACAGGCGCGUGGCUCAUUCCCAGGAUGGGGAUCACACCGUGCGCCUUCCCAAGCCACUCCUUCUGUAAGGGUGCCUGUCCCCGGGGAGGAAGGGAGGUGGGGAAAGGGGUCGCCGGGCUCAUCGCUGAACCCUUCUGCUGCCAGGAGGUUUUUUCCC